AUGGCUAAGAAUCAUACAGACCGCAAGGGGGCUCUAUUUGACUCAUCGGGAUACCUAGCUGAUUUGCUGACUCGUUGUGCCUUUAUCGAAAAACAGUUUUAUGGAGACAGAGAUCCUGUCAUAUUAAAUAUCGAGAAAGAACGAUCGAUUGUCCGGGUGUACGUAGCAAUAUUGCGAUACUCCGCCGAAGUACGGAGAGUUCAACAGUCUAACAAGGGAAAAGACAUCGCGGAGAGCGUAACAGCUAUAACAAGCCAGCCACUCACACAGCUCAAGACCUCGAUCAAGGAAGAGGAGGCCCACUUAUAUCACUGGCUGGUCCUGGACCAACACCUGCACCGCAGGAAGGAAGCAGAAGCUACUCUGAAUCGUCUCGAUAAAUUGACCGUGGAUAUCCAAGAAGUGCGCGAUGCGGUUGAUAUGUUAAAUCUCCCUUUUGCCAAGGGCGCAUUUUUUGGCUCCUUCGAGGACCAGCAUGAGGAUGAAUGCCUUCCUGGAACGCGAACAGAACUGCUUCAGCAGGUGCAGGGCUGGGGAAGAUUCAGUGAUAAACAUUUAUUCUGGCUAAAUGGAAUGGCAGGCACUGGCAAGUCCACCAUUGCAAGGACGGUAGCCCGAGCUUUUGAAGAGGAUGGCAUCCUCGGGGCAAGUUUCUUUUUCAAGAGGGGGGAGGGAGAUCGGGGCUCAACUGCAAAGUUUUUCUCGACAAUUGUCAAGCAAUUGGCAGUCCACAUUCCUCAAAUGGUCCCCGGAGUCCGAAAAGCUCUUGGAGAAGAUCCUGCGAUUCCAGGAAAAUCGCUUCGAGAGCAGUUUAAUAAGCUUAUGUUGCAGCCAUUACUCGCUGUCAAGCAUGGCGAAGCUAUAGACACCACAGUGAUUGUCAUCGACGCUCUGGAUGAAUGCGAACCGCAAGAAGACGUGGAGAUCAUCCUCAGCCUUUUACCUGGGGUUGAGACGGCUACAAAUUUGGCAAUCCGAUUCUUCUUAACCAGCCGGCCGGAGAUACCCAUCCGUUUUGGGUUUGAUCAGAUCGAUAGGAGCAAGUACCAGAAUACUAUCCUGCAAAAUCUGGAUGAAGAUGUGAUAAAACAUGACAUCGCCUUAUAUCUUAGAGAAGAAUUCUCGAAAAUACAGCAGAAGCGCCGGCAUGCUCUUUCCCCUGGCUGGCCUGGAGAGGAACGAAUCGAAGCCUUAGCAAUGAUGGCUUGUCCGCUCUUUAUUUUUGCAGCUACAGUGUGUCGUUUUGUGGCGGAUAGGCAUUUUGACCCGGAUGAGCGGCUUCAGAAGUUUCCCAUUAGUUCUACAGGAUCAAAGAUGGAUAGCACAUACCGACCCGUUCUGAACCAACUCCUUGUCCAGGAUGCUACGGACAGGAAUGAGCUGAUUGAAGAGUUUCAGAGAAUCAUUGGUGUAAUCAUUCUUCUUGCUAAUCCGCUCUCAUUGAGCUCCCUUGCGGAGCUGUUGCUUGACACUCCAGAACACAAUAGCAGCACUCAUCUGGAACGUCGCAUGCAUCUAGAACGUCAAAUCAGCGCUCAUCUGGAUUCAUUUCAUUCAGUCCUGUCUAUACCCAGCGAUCCAGAACUACCUAUACGGACCCUGCAUUUGUCCUUCCAUGAUUAUCUGGUGGAUGAUCGUACAAGAAGUGAAAAGGCCACAUCUCAAUUCUGGGUGGAUAAAAGGGAAAAGCACGAGUUUAUAGCCUGCCAAUGUCUUGCUGUCAUGGACCGUUACCUCAGAAAAAAUAUGUGCGACCUGCCAACCUAUGGGACCAGCCGAACAGAGAUAGACCUUAAUUCUAUAGCAAGAUUUCUGCCGCCUGCCCUCCAGUACGCCUGUCGUUAUUGGGUUUACCAUCUCACCCAGAGCUUAGCACCAGCGACGAGCCUUGACCAAGUCCUCCCUUUCCUGAAAGAGCACUUUCUUCAUUGGUUGGAGUCAAUGAGUAUUUUAGGGAUAAUAUCAGAAGCCAUAAUUGCAGUGAAUUCAUUGCUCCAACUGACCAAAGUGAGUAUUAACUAG